AGCUUCCAGAUUUUUUUGUUUCUUGUGCAUCGCAUGAUCUUGAAACCGACACAUGGUCCCCGUGACCUAGUGACGAAAGUGCUCGUCGUUUCUGGCACGGAUACCAAGACAAGAAAAUUUGCUAGCUGUCGACGUGAUGGAAGACCUUAGUGGGCGUGGCAGAGUGCCGGUCCAGAAGACUCGAAGAACAAAUAGGACUCCAUACCCCGGAUUCAAUUGAGAGAGAGAGACUCAAAGAUCAAAACACAACAACAUCAAAAAAGAAUCAAAAACUACUAUAUCUUUACACACGAGAAAAAGGUUACAUAUCAUUGCCAAUGCCAAUGUCGUUCUUCUACGCCUAUCCAGACAUUGACCCUUACCCGACCACUCACGUGGCGCACACCUUCCCGGAAAAGGGUCACCACCUGCACCACAUACCCAUCCCGUACCUCGCGCACAAGGCUCACAGGAUCUUCCACGACAAAGACCAGGAUGUCCACGUGCCCAAGACCGACGUGAGGGAGACCCCGAAGAGCUUCUACGUCGAGGUCGAACUGCCCGGCAUCAAGGACAAGUCCGAGCUUCACCUGCGCUGGACGUCGACGCGGACCCUGCUCGUGACAAGCAAAAUCACCAGGCCGGAGAUCCCAGAGGCGGAGAUGGUCUAUGACCCAGCCACUGAGGGUAUCCUCGAGCCCACGCCGACGCCGACACAACCACCGGCACCAGCAGCGCCGACUGAGGAAGGGCGCGAGGAGAGGCCCCCCGUCGAUGGCGCAGAGGAGGAUAAGAAGGAGGAAGCUCCGGUCAAGUUGGAGCUGCAUCUGACCGUCCACGAGAGACUGAUCGGCGACUACAUGCGUGCCUUCAACUUCCCCGUCGACGUCGAUAGGGAUGAAACGCACGCGAAAUUGGACGCUGGACUGUUGAAGAUCAUCGUUCCAAAAUUGGUGCACGGGGAUGCUCUUUCGAGGCACGUUUCGGUCAACGUCCAUGAUGGGGAUUCCACCACGGGAGCACCGGCGGCUUAAGUGGAAAAGAGUACGAUGCGUGGGCCAAGGAGAGAUUGAUCCAUGAAUGUACGCAAUUCAACACAGUUUUCAACUUGGAGUGUACGGCCGCCUUUGAUCUAACGGUGGCGAUUAAUACGUAAUUGGAGGUAGUGAGCGUUAUCAGCAAACUGGAAUGAUAGUCUAUGGAUAUGAGAAACCACUUAUAAUGCAAUAAUACUAUAAAACCACAUGACAUGGGAGACAGAGUCCUCAAAACAUUGGUCCUCAGAACGGAUGUUUAAAAAAGUAGACUUGUAGAGAAUUCUUCAUGUCCAGUUAUCCAAGGUGGCUGCUAUCAAGAAUCCUAUGGGACAAUGAAGAGCGCAAAACAAAGCAAUGGGUCAAUAAUGUCAGAAAUGGAGAAGGAGGAGAUGUAAGAAAGAAUCAUCAUAGUGGAUUAUCCUCAACUGGUUCGAGGUAUAGGGUCAAGAUUCCGCCUCUCAACUUCAAUACAAGCCAAGUAUAUGUACACAGUAUUCCCAAAAGUUCAUCAAUUUCAUCGUCACAUGUCAUUCUCAAUCUUCCUGGAACCAUUGUGACCUCUUGAUCCGGUAGCUCCCAAGUCCGGACGUCACUGCCACCGAGGCCACCGAGGUGGGAAAGAAGACCCAAAAAAAUUCAUCGAUUCAUCACUUCAACUCGAUCCUUGUCAGGCAUCUCUCAAUCGUACGAGGCGUAAAAGGCUUCCUCGAUGGCAUCCUCUUCUUCAUCCGCGGAGACGUCGUCCCCCUCGGCGCACUCGGUGUGUUCGACCCAGAGGUGUUGGGCGCAAGUCUCGUCCUCUGGCCACCAACUCAUGGGGAGGUGGGUUUCGGACGAGUGUCGCCUGUGAAGGUGAUGGGGGUGGUGCUGCUCUUCGUGGUGAACGUGGGGGACGGAGACCUCGACGAAACUGGGUCUCCGUUCCUUUUCGUAGGAUUUCUUUUGGUUCUGUUCUGCACCGGCCUUCGUGGAGGAUUUCAAAGGCGAAGGGUCCACCACGUUUGUCUUCUUCUCUGUGAUGGUUGUCGGGGGUGUGGUCCCGGUGUUCAUGUGGUCCGUCGGUCUCCUCGUGGCCUUGAAUGGGAUGGGCCGGGACUGCCCGGUCGACUGUUGUUGCGAUUCUGGUUCCAGAGGCAAGUACCCGUGGUUGAAGGCCGGCUCCUUGAACAAGAGUUCGCUCACGUCACAGUCGUUGUAGAACGAUAUGAAGGCGUUGUCUUUGACGCCCGAUAUGCCCUCGUUACCGUGCUGGUGGGUUCGAACAGCCUAGUAGAUGUGCGUCAGUGGCCGAGAGAUCGCCGGGAAGGUACUUGGACUUGAGGGGCGAGCUAUUGCUUACUGGAGCGGUUUCCGAAAUCAUUGUGGUGGAAAUGGUUUGUGUUGUUGUUUUUCAGGGGUUGUGCUUCGAGAUGUUGUUUGUAAAGUCAAGAUUGGAGGCGAGGUAAGGUGGACACUACCAAUAUAUUCACUUGUACCUUUUUGAUGAUGGUUGGAUGUAUGAAAGGAAUUCCUGUCUCGAGAACCUACCACAUUCGAUCAUGGUUUUUAUAUUGAACAUCGGGCCUGGUUGGUCUGCCGAUUACAUUUCGAUCUGCUUACCAGAGAAUUUUGGUGGGUCCGAGUCUCUAUGAGUAACGACAUGUUUUCGCGCUCAGGUCACUCAACGACAAUGGCAGGGUUAGAGAGAUAGAGAGAGGGACAAAAAAUUGUCUUUUUGGAGUGGUAUGACAAGACUCGAAAGGGAUGGAUUGACCUCGAUCUUUUACUGUGAGGGUUUAGGUGGAAUUGUCCUGACAUGUCAAAUGGGGUGACUUUGUAACGUCUGGUUUCAAUUCCUACGAGCGAUUUUGGCUGAAGCUCGUAUUUUAUACGGUAUCGUAUU